AAUGCCGAUUAGCUCCGCGUUAUGGCACGAAACUAAAGAGCUCCAAUAUUCUUGAAACUGAGUCUAAUUUGCUUCGGUGGUUAUUGGAUUGACCGAAUAGUUGAAUAAAAGUGUUUUGUUUACACUGAGCUAACGUAUAGCGGCUAGCGUUUGCCCACUCAGCCUACUCACAAUCUUAUAUAUUUAGAAAUGGCAAGUGUUUUGGCAACUAAUAUAUUUAGUUCUUUGGUGUUUUUAGAAUUUGAUGUGUACGGUUAUGUAAUGGCUGUUGUUAUGCUUGUUUGCACAUGUUAUGAUGUGUUCACAGGUGUAGUGCUUUGAGACCGUUAUCUGGUGUCUUGAUACAUACAUAGACUGUGUGCCGUUACAUUUACACGUGUAUAUUUAUCAGACGCUACUUCAGCACAUUCUGUGCUUUUGACAUUUCAAACUGGUUACUAUUUGCAAUAGAGUGUAUAAUAUAUAAAGUAGAUGAUGCAUAUGUAGGGCUUAUGUCCAGGUUAUGUUUGUGCUCCUUAUCCAGUUGAACAGCUGUAAAUGGAGAUUUUGAGCUCGUAAUACUAAUGAACUUCUAAUGCUUUGUUCAGAUGAGGGAUAAUCGUGUUAAGUAUGAGAACCAGCUUUACCUAAAAUAACACAUGUGCCAAGAGCAGAAUGGAUUCAUGUGGUCAUUAGGAAUAUUUGGAUGAAUACAGAGUAAAAAGUGGUUGUAAUAGGGGCAUAAAGAAUAUAAUUUGUCAUGUUGUACUCCUAUUAUAAAACUAAUGCCUUAAAGGAAUAUUCCGGGUUCAAUACAAGGGUCUGCAGUGACCAUCAGCCAAUCCUCCUUGAGCUAAAACAAACAUCAGGCUUCAUCAUUUCAUCUUUCUGUUCACUCUAUGAGGAGCUGGAGACUAUCCCUUCUGAAAUAAGCUGGACAAAAUAAAAAUAAACAACCUAAGAAAGAAUGAGUCACCAGUCCACCACUUCACAUCUAUCCCAAUAACUAUCUACCUGCACUUGGGCUAUCCUCGUCCAAUCUGCCCUCAACCUCAAUCUCUCACACUCAUACGCACUCUGCCAGUGACCCCACUGCGGCUCCUGCAGGCUGGGUACGGAGCUGGUCUGGCCGCGUGCCCCUCCAGCUCUGCGUGUUAGUGUGAGAUGGCGCGGCAGGAAGCAGAGGGUUGCUGCCGCUGUGGACUGUAAUGUCAGAGCCCAGUAUCCCCGGCGAGAGCCAGUGCGGCGCUCCCAGAUUCUUCGUGGGCUGCGCAGAGGAUGAGAGCGAGGGCCUGGAUAACUAUGCCAGCAUGAGGACAGAAAUGGAGCUGUACGAACAUGACCUGGAGGAUGACUCGCCUCCAGAGCGUCAGAUCGUGAUGGGGAUUUGCUGUAUGAUGAAGAAAUCGAAGUCCAAACCCAUGACUCAGAUAUUGGAGCGCCUUUGUAAGUUUGAGUACAUUACCGUGGUCAUCUUUCCAGAGGACGUCAUACUUAAUGAGCCGGUGGAAAAGUGGCCACUCUGUGACUGCCUUAUCUCCUUUCACUCUAAAGGUUUUCCACUGGACAAGGCAGUGAGUUACGCAAUGCUCCGUAACCCGCUGCUCAUCAAUGACCUUAAUAUGCAGUAUUACAUACAGGACAGGAGGGAGGUAUAUCGUAUCCUGCAAGAGGAAGGGAUUGAUCUGCCACGUUAUGCUGUGUUAAAUCGUGACCCUGACAAGCCUGAAGAAUGCAACCUGAUUGAGGGAGAAGACCAAGUUGAAGUUAAUGGUGAAGUGUUCCUCAAACCCUUCGUAGAGAAGCCAGUUUCUGCAGAAGACCAUAAUGUGUACAUCUACUACCCCACCUCAGCUGGAGGAGGCAGCCAACGCCUCUUCAGAAAGAUUGGGAGCAGAAGUAGUGUUUACUCUCCAGAGAGUAGUGUGAGGAAAACAGGCUCAUAUAUUUAUGAAGAGUUCAUGCCAACCGAUGGGACAGAUGUGAAGGUGUAUACAGUUGGGCCAGAUUAUGCUCAUGCAGAGGCACGCAAGUCCCCUGCCCUGGAUGGGAAAGUUGAGCGAGACAGUGAAGGCAAAGAAAUACGUUACCCGGUCAUGCUCACUGCCAUGGAGAAACUUGUGGCCCGCAAAGUCUGUCUGGCAUUCAAGCAAACAGUGUGUGGAUUUGACCUUCUCCGAGCCAAUGGCCACUCGUAUGUCUGCGAUGUCAACGGCUUUAGCUUUGUGAAGAAUUCCAUGAAAUACUAUGAUGACUGUGCCAAGAUUCUAGGAAAUAUUGUGAUGAGGGAGCUGGCUCCUCAGUUCCAUAUUCCCUGGUCCAUACCUACAGAAGCAGAGGACAUUCCUAUUGUCCCCACUACGUCAGGCACCAUGAUGGAGCUGCGCUGUGUAAUCGCUGUGAUCCGUCAUGGAGAUCGUACACCAAAACAGAAGAUGAAAAUGGAAGUGCGGAAUCCCAUGUUUUUCGAGCUUUUUGAAAAAUACGGUGGGUACAAAACGGGCAAACUGAAGCUGAAGAAACCCAAACAACUGCAGGAAGUAUUGGACAUUACCAGGACACUCCUGGCAGACAUGGGACAGCAUACUGACUGUGAGAUUGAAGAGAAGAAGUCCAAACUUGAACAACUGAAGACUGUUUUAGAAAUGUAUGGCCAUUUCUCUGGAAUCAACAGGAAAGUUCAGCUAACCUACCUUCCUCGUGGACAGCCCAAAACAUCCAGUGAGGAGGAAGAGACCCUUAAGGAGAGCCCGUCUAUACUUCUGGUGCUGAAGUGGGGGGGGGAGCUGACUCCAGCCGGAAGAGUUCAGGCCGAAGAACUUGGCAGAGCCUUCCGCUGCAUGUAUCCUGGAGGUCAAGGGGAUUACGCUGGCUUUCCAGGCUGCGGCCUUCUCAGACUACACAGCACUUACAGGCAUGACCUCAAGAUCUACGCCUCUGAUGAGGGCCGGGUGCAAAUGACUGCUGCUGCCUUUGCUAAGGGUCUCUUGGCACUGGAAGGGGAACUGACACCCAUCCUGGUCCAGAUGGUGAAGAGUGCAAAUAUGAAUGGCUUGCUGGAUAAUGACAUUGAAUCCCUCAGUGGCUGCCAGCAAAGGGUUAAGGCCAGACUGCAUGGGAUCAUGCAGAAAGAUGAAGCCUUCACAGAGGAAGACUUUGACAGGCUGGCUCCAACAUGCAGCAGUUCACUAGUGAACUCUAUGAAUGUCGUGGAGAAUCCAGUGAGCACGUGUGAUAAUGUUUACACCCUCAUCCAGAGCCUCACCUCACAGAUCCGCAAAAGACUCGAAGACCCCAAAUCAGCAGACUUACAACUGUACCACAGCGAGUCACUGGAGAUGAUGUUGCAGCGCUGGUCCAAAUUGGAAAGAGACUUCCGCAUGAAGAGCGGUCGCUAUGACAUCAGCAAGAUUCCUGACAUUUAUGACUGUGUCAAGUAUGACGUGCAGCACAACAGCUCUCUUGGCUUGGAGGACACAGUAGAACUCUUCAAGCUCUCUCGAGCACUAGCUGACAUUGUUAUACCACAGGAGUAUGGCAUUAAUAAGGUGGAGAAGCUGGACAUUGCCUAUGCCUACUGUCUGCCUUUAGUGAAGAAGAUUCAGCUGGACUUACAGAGAACACAUGAGGACGAGUCUGUAAACAAGCUGCAUCCACUAUAUUCACGUGGAGUCCUGUCACCAGGCAGGCAUGUCCGAACUCGCCUAUAUUUCACUAGUGAGAGUCAUGUCCACUCCCUUCUUAGCAUCUUCCGUUAUGGUGGCCUGUUGGAUGAGGAGAAGGACCAACAGUGGAAGAGAGCCAUGGAUUAUCUGGGUGCAGUGUCUGAGCUCAACUACAUGACCCAGAUAGUCAUUAUGCUCUAUGAAGAUAACAAUAAGAACCCAUCCUCUGAAGAGCGCUUCCAUGUGGAACUGCAUUUCAGCCCUGGUGUUAAAGUAUCUGAGGAGGAGAGUGCUCCAAUGGGUUUUGGCUUCCGACCAGCCUCUGCUGAAAAUGAUCAGAAGCAAACAGACCCUGGUAGUUUAGAGAACCUCGCACGAGAUGAACCUGAUCAGGCCUUGCCCCUGUCUGAGACCAUUAGCACCCAGAGGAAAUCCCCUCUGUUCCGGAAUCGCAAGACUGGCUCGAUGGAGGUCCUGUCAGAAAGUUCGUCCUCUAAAGGGUGCAACUACCGCCUCUUCCCCUCCUGCUCACGUCAGUCUCCAGAGAUGAAGCAGAGUGGAUUAGGCUCACAGUGUGCUGGUCUCUUCAGCACCACCGUUCUAGGGGGCUCCUCUAGUGCCCCUAACCUUCAGGACUACGCACGCACACAUCGCAAAAAAUUCACCUCCGGCAGUUUGACCUAUAAAGACGGUUUUGAAGGAUGUUCCAUGGUGCCCUCUAUCUACCCUCUCGAGACCCUCCACAAUUCCCUUUCACUCAAACAGGUGAAUGAGUUCCUGACAGGUGUGUGUGAGAGUGCAGGAGAUUCCCACACCAGGACAACCAGAGCAUUCUCAGCCAUGUUUGAUUCCCAAAACCAGCCAUCAGUGGACUCUUAUAUCCCUCAACGAGUGCUGUCCUCCUCCGUUUCAAUGCGGCAGCGGUCUGACCGCCCACCAUGGUACAGCAGUGGUCCCUCCAGUACUGUGUCGAGCGCCGGUCCCUCGUCUCCCACCACUGCUGACACCUCCCCACACUUCAGCUUUAGUGAGAAGAUCACCCUCACCCCUCAGAGCAGCGAAGAGAUCCAUCUAGCUCAACACAACACCAGCCAAGCUGCUUCCUCCAUACUCGGCAACACUGAAACCAGCUUCUCCUCUGAGGACCCACAUCCUUCAAUACCAUCUCCCAUUCAGGAGACACCCAAUGAAAUACCAGUGGACAGCACGGAUUCUGCAGACCGGUGUCUGACAGAUAGACCCUGUUCUGGUGAGGCCAAUGAAGCAUCAAGUCUGACCCACGCUGAACCCAGGACUUCCUGCUCACGCUUGGCCGACAGUCCGCCAAGGGAGUCCUACUGUGGGCUGCCCGGCUCCCUGCCCGUGCUCCUUGAGCUCCGAGAGAGCAGCUCAGAGGCCGGAUCCAGUGCCCAGACUCCCCUCACCCCCGAAGAACCAGAAGAGUUCUUCGAUACCCACGAAACGGUUGAGGUGUGGAUGGGGAGCCCAGGGAACCUGCCCCACUCUGGGAUUCCUCUGGAGGUGGGAGCUCCACAUGUGUCUGAGCCUUGAAGGAAAUAGGACGGGCCAGCUUCCUCAUACGCGCAGCUCUGCAGUCAACCAUGCAUCAUGGUGUUCAACCAUGCUCUUGCUGUAGUGCCUCAGAGACCUUCGUUAAGCCUCAGUCCAAUCCAAAAGUGGGACAUUUGCUGACAUAAUUGUAAGCAAUAGUGAAAUGGCCAGUUAUUAAACAUAAGAUGUUCGAUGCACUGAUAAUCCAACGUUUUUAUGUAAACAUAUAUUACUAUCUUACUUCUCACUUUCUCCAGAAGACCAUUUUUAUUCAUUGGAUGGUCUGAAAGAUAUUUUUAUAAGGGACAUCGUGUUUGAUAGAAGUUUAUGUUUGGUGAAGUACUUUGACCGCAAUUGGCGAGCUUAACUUGAAUAAUUAACUGAUACAGCUAAAGGUAUAUUAAAUAAAUGCUAACAGUUUUAUUACUAUUUGCCAAAGCCUGCUAUAGCACUGUCAUAAUUUAUUAAAUCAUUAUAAAAUACAGAUAUACUGUAUAUAUAUAUAUAUAUAUAUAUAUAUGUAGUAUAGAUAUUUAUUGACUAAUAAGCAGCUUACGUUUAACAAUGAGGCAGCAAAUGAAUACUGUCUAACUUUUUUUCAUAUUUUUGUUUUUAUAUUUGUUAAACCUACAGUCCUAUCAGUUUAUAAUAGUCCUUAUGUUAUCAUUAAGUUCGUUUCAAGUACAUUGCUCUCCUGCUUUGUAGUGUUCACCUCUGUGAAGUACUAAUUUUGUAGUGUGAUCCUCCCUGUUUGACCAAUUGAAGAGAGUACAGAGAUUACCAUGACAUGAAAAUAUUAUUUAGUUCUUUUUCUAUUGAUUUAAAUGUGCAGUAAAAAAGAGAAACAAUGUUAUUAAAUAUCAACAUUGGUCAGAGAAAUAUGCUCUUUUUCAUCUUUUUUUUGUCCAGGAUAAAUCCAAAAUAAUUUUGGACCUUUAGGUAAACCUUGGAUUGUGGACAUGGCUGUGUACUGGACUCUCACUGAUCUAAGACCAGCUUCUUGUCAUUUUGUCAUGAAUUUCAAAUGUAAAAGCUCUAGAAUCUAGAGAUGAGCACUUAAUUUCCACCUUCUGUGAAUUAUUCCACUAAAUGAUUGAACUGACUGAGAACUGACUGAUUUGUGAUAACUGACAUUUUAAAGCAUCUGCCUCUGAUAGAUUCUCAACUCUAACUUGUUGUAAUGUUUAGUGCUCUGUAUGCAGUCUGCGCAGUAGUAUUAAAUGCCACUUUAAUUUACAGUGUUUGAAAUAAAAGUGACUGUCCA